AUGUGUAAGGGGCUGUCCUCCCUGCCUUCAUCAUGCCUGGAGAAGGCAAAAGAGAUGAGGGUGAGGUUAAGCCACCUGGCUGAGACUCACCAAAAGCACAGGGGUCACGAUGGAAAAGCUCUUAACGACCUGGAAUCUGUGCUAAAUAAGAAAAGUGGUCUGCAUGCAUUUCACGAGUUCUUACGCUCGGAGUUCAGUGAGGAGAACCUCGAGUUUUGGCUGGCCUGUGAGGACUACAGGGUUUCUCCUUCAAACAUGCAGAAGACUAAGGCUGGCAGCAUCUACAACCAGUUUAUCAACCCUGAAGCCCCACAGGAGGUAAACCUGGAUGCUGAGACCCGUGAGGCUGUGUUGAGUGUGAUGGAUUCUCCGUGUGCCAACACAUUCAACAUGGCACAGCAGAGAAUCUAUACUCUGAUGGCCAAAGACUCCUUCCCUCGUUUCCUGCGCUCCUCUCACUGCAUGGAGGCCCAUUAA